AUGAGGAACAGAAGAAAAAAGAAUGGUAAGAAUAAACAAAAGGGGAAGAGAAAAAAUGAUAGGUUAGGAAAGAUUAAACGGAAAAAAGUAGUAGAUAUAAAAGAAGAGAAAGGAAAUGAUAAUGAGAAGAGAUUAGAAGUGUCCUUUUAUGGAUACCGAAAUAUAUAUUUAAAAGAUAUUCAUAAUUUUAUAGUAAAUUUAAGGCUUGGGAAAUAUAUAUUUAAAAAUGAAUUAUUUGAUAUAAAGAAUAAUGAUUGUUUAAAUAAUUUAAUUAUGGUUAUUGUACCAAAUUUAUCAAAUUAUUGUGUAAAAGAUAUAUCAACAGAUAAUGUUUUUAAUAAAUUACAAAGGAAUAAUAAUUUCCGAAAAAUACAUUCAGAAAGUUGUUUAAAAAAAUAUUAUAAUAAUAUUAUAUUAAAAGCAUUAAGUGUGUCUGUUUUAAAACAGAGGAAAAAAAAUUACACACAACAAAUUUUUAAUUUAAAUAAAUAUUUAUUAACUAAAGAACAAAUGGCAUUAAAUAAAUAUCCUACUGAAAAUAUGGAUGAGUAUAUAAAUAUGAAUGAUAUAGAAUAUGUUAAAAACGACAAAAAUAUUCGUGAUAUAAAAUCUUAUUUAACAGAAACAAUGAAUUCUAUAAAUGUUCUUCAUAUGAAUAAUGACUGUUCAGUUAAGGAGAAUAAAAAGAAUAAAAUAAAUAUGUCACAUGUUAUGAAUAAUAUAAAUAAUGAUCAAUAUAAUUUUAGUAAUAUGGAAUGUAACAAUGAAAAUCAUAUUAAUAAUGGAACUAUAGAAAAUGAACAAAAUAAUUUCGAAAGACAAAAUAUUUUUACUCAAGAACACAUUCAAAUAUAUGCAGAUAUUUUGGAAAAAUUAAUAAAAGCAUCCCAUACGAAAAAAUAUGAAAACAAUACAACUACAGAUUGUAAUAUGGCGAAUAUGGAAUCGUCAAAAAAACAUAUAUCAUCAGAAAAUAUAAAUAAUGAAAAUGGUGAAAAAAGAAAAAAGAAAAAGAAUGAACAAAAUGAUGAUAAUUUGAAUCAUUUAAAUUUAGGUAAUCUAGUAAGUCACAAAAUAAAUGAAAUGUACAAUGAAAAUAGAAAUAUGGAUGAGAAGAUAGAAACAAAUAACAAUAAUGAUAAUCAUAGUGAUAAUCAUAGUGAUAAUCAUAAUGAUAAUCAUAGUGAUAAUCAUAAUGAUAAUCAUAGUGAUAAUCAUAAUGAUAAUCAUAGUGAUAAUCAUAAUGGUAAUCAUAAUAAUGAUAUGGGGUUUCGUGGUGAAAAUAUGGAUAAAUGCAAUGAUAUAAAAAAAAUUAUUGAUGAAAAUAACUCGUGCGAUGAAGAGAAUUUAAUAGAUGAAACCAAUUAUGGAGAAUUCGAUUUAGAUAAUAUAUAUAGUAUAGAUUGUGAAAUGUGUGAAACAACCAACCAUCAAAGGGAAUUAACCAAAAUUACCGUAGUAGACGCUUAUAUGAAUAUUAUAUAUGAUUCUUAUGUUAUUCCUGAUAAUAAAAUUACAAAUUAUUUAACUUUAUAUUCAGGAAUUAAUGAAAGUACAUUAGAAAAUGUAACUACGAAAUUAAAAGAUGUACAAGAACAUUUAAAAAAAUUUCUUAAUAAAAAAUCUAUACUUAUAGGACAUUCUUUAGAAAAUGAUUUACAUGCUCUAAAAAUAGCUCAUAAUUAUGUUAUUGACACAUCAAUCAUAUAUUGUAAUUCAGGUUACUAUCCCAAACCAUCUUUAUUUCAACUUUCAAAGAAACACUUGAAUAUUAUUAUGAAGAGAGAAAAUGGACAUAAUUCUAUAGACGACGCAAAAAUUAGUAUGUUCCUGGCACUCAAAAAGAUGAGCGAAUUCGAUAGCAAUGAAUUCUCCACAUUCUAUGAAGCACUGCCCACAUUUUUCAACAAAGAUAAUUUCGUUCAAGUAAAAAACUCCAUUCUUUGUGAAGAAGACAUCUGUUAUAAAUACGAAAAGUCUUUGUGUAUAUUUGAUUCAAAGAAUAAAUAUAUAGAAGAAAGAAUACCAAAAAAUUUUUUGAAGAAUUCUUUUUAUUGUGUUUGUGAAAAUGAUGAGGAGUGCACAGAAAAUUUAAUAAUGAAUAUAAAAAAUGAGAAUAAAUUAAAAAAUUAUAUUUUAAUUUUACGUGAUUAUGAAAAUUUGUGUAAUGAUAAAAUAUUUAAUUGUAUUCAGAAUGUACAUAAUUCAAAUUUCAAAAUAGAAGAUAGCGAAAAAAUAUUCGAAAUACCUUCGCGUGUAGAAACAAAUGAAGUACUUAAAAAAAUAAGUGCAAAUAUAGAAAAAAUUUAUAGUAAUAUGUCAAAAAAUGAUGUUUUAAUACUUUUAUCUUUUAAUAAUAAUUAUUUAGCUGAAGAAAAAGUAAAAGAAACAUAUUUCUUAGCAAAAGAUAUUUUCUAUUCUAAUGCCGAUAUGGAAGAAAAGAUAAAUAAUAUAAAAGAUAAAAUUAAUUCGCUUCAAAAAAUUAUUAAUAAAAAGAAGAAUAACAAUGAAGUUAUUAAUUAUUCAUUUUAUGAAUUCCAAGAUUUAUUACUUAAUUAUGAUAAAUUUGUUCUUAAUUAUUUAAUUGAAAAUAAAAAUAAUGACAAAAACAUUUACAUUAUAAAUUCUUUGACAAAUCUAAAAAAUAUUCUGAAUAUUAAUUCGAAGAAGAAGGAGUUCAACGGAUGGUUCUCCCUGCUAUUAAAAAAUUGA